AAGUUGACACGGCACUAUUUGUUGCCACACACGUCGAACGCGUUUAGUGUAUGACCUAGAGCCAGAAUACCAAAGACUCUGAUUUAAGUAAAAAUACUGCAGCUGUGAAGACCAUAGAGCGACACAUUCGGCUCGAGACUGUGUGUCUGAGCAGCGAACGGAUCUGUCAGCUUUGUAGAAUGUCUGGAAUCUGAGAACAAUGUCGGUUGGAAGGAGUGGAAGUGUUUGGAGAGGUGAGACGAUCGGCAUGGGAAGGAACACAUGAAGAGGUAUAGCUCUUAAGAGCUUUUUAGUGAUACUCGAGCCUGAGAGAUGAGACAUGCUUUCCAGGAGGUGGUCUUGCCAACAUGGAGAUAUUGUGACUUUUUGCCAGAAGAAUGAAUGGAAUUACUUCAACUAGAUCCAAGGGUGACGUGAGCUGGUCUGGGUUAGAUUUGAUAUCACACUACAGAAAUCAGUAGUGGAAACUUUGUUAGCAGUUUUACACAGAGACAUCAGGCUGCCGUCAUGUCCAACUCACACGAGCAGAGCCUUGAUGAGAAUGUAGUUUUUCUACCGGUGAAUGAGUCCUCCCCAGAGUUCCUCCAUUGUGAGAAGGAGCGUCAGGCAGUGGAGAGACUCCUCAAUGCAGGACCAGAGGCCUUCUACAGCUCCAUCGACACAGAGCGCUCCGGCUGCUUCCUGUCUUCUGAAGAGGUCAGCCAGAUAAGCAGCUGGGCUCAGGACUAUCGCCUUCACCCGCUACAGGUGCAAAGACAGGAGAAUGGAGAGGACGGCAGCUCAGAGAUGGAGGACUUCUGUUCCACAUACUUCCCCUCCUUCACAGACACACCACCACCGGGCCUGGAUCUGGGCUGGCCUGAGAAGAGCCCCUGGGGAGCCAAAGACAGCGUUAGAGUCCACACCAGCCCUCCUGCAGAGGGAGACCCUUCUGUCAGGCAGAUCAUCAGAUGGCACUUGCAAAAUGCUGGCGAAGUAAUUGCCAUUGUAACGGACAAGUUGACAGAUAGUGCAAUUAUUGGAGAUUUACACAAAGCUGCAUCCCGGGGUGUCCCUGUGUACAUCAUCCUGAACCAAAGGUCCAUUCAAGAGAACUUCACGCUCAACAGGCUCAGGCAUCCGAACAUGCAGGUACGUGUUCUUGGUGGGAAAACCUUUUGUUCGAGGACAGGAAGAAUGGUGGUCGGAGAAAUGAAAGAUAAUUUCCUUCUGUUCGAUUUACAGACAGUGAUUCAUGGCAGCUACAGCCUCACAUGGACCGACGCCCACCUGCACCGGCAGCUGAUCACCGUUCUGAACGGCCCAGUGGUAGAAUCAUUCGACAGGGAGUUCAGGACCCUUUUUGCUGCUUCACUCCCUGUCCCCGACACAUGGAGGGAGGCAGGGACUCAUGUAGAUGUGACUCAUCAUCUGAAAGACUGCUCAGAUCUCGGGUUUCAAAGACAUCACCUGUAUGAGCCUGAGAUUACCAAUCCUCCAUCCCCACCUGCUGAUUCCCUCCUUGACUGGGUAGCCAUGGGGGUUAUACACACUACAAAGUGCAGUCCUCUUGAUCAGCAGGAGGAAAUCAUGGCCAAGGAAAUGCAGAUGCAGAGCCAAAUGCUGUUUGAUAAAAACACACUCUUUACGGACAGUUUUAGGCCUACUUACAAUGAAAACCAAUUUGUGGAUAACAAAAGGGUGGAUCACAUAAUAAAUAAGGCUAUUUCCCGACAACUCUCCGCAGAGAAGAGCACCAAUUUAGAUGACAUAACACGAACAAGACUUGAUGAUAAAGGAAUAGAACCAACACACCAUAUAAACAUCCUUCCGUUUUCGGAGAGAAGAGAGACCUUAAAGAGGGAAGCCAUAUUGGGAAAAGUGGGAAGCAUAAAUAAAACUAGCUCACCCAUGGAGAACAAACCAUCUUCUAGAAAACCUCUGAUCCUAAUGGUGCCGCAGUCUGAGAGCUACAAAUCCCUGAGUGACAUCAUGAAGAGGACUCAUCCCCAGCAGAGCCCUUCAGGACAGAUCAGGAAGGGAUCGAAGGCCGCCGCGUCAGAACUGACCCAGACUAUGAUGGAGCUGAGUGUAAACAAAACACAAAACAGAGGAGUCCCGAUGCCAAGGUUUAUGGCUAGUUGCUUUGACCCAGAUCAAAUGACACCUGCUCUUAACCUGAUGAGGAAGAGGAACGAUGAGUUGAAACCGUUAUUGUACAGAAGUCAACAAAACCUUUUGCCCAGAGAGAGGCCCCGCAGCUCCUCUUAUGCGUCCUGGAGGUGGCCACUCGCAGAGGCGGAGGGAAAGCAGGAAUGAGAAGCAAGGAAGAACAUACAUGAUCAAUAACUUCUGUAAAAACAUUUGUUUUCACUGACCAAGGACAGCCGUCAACAGUGGAUGGUUACAACCUCUGCAGUGUUAACCCAAAUCAGGCCAAAAACAGGCUAUGACUCUGAGAAUAAAGCCAUUGUUAUAUGCAUGUCUGUAAAUUCUACACAGGAAAUAUUGGUGAGUAUUUUUUCCAGAGCAAUUACUAUUUUGCUCUGAAAUAGUGAUAUUUAAUCAUUUUGGAGUGUAUUUAUUACUCAUAGCUUCUAGAGUGUGAUCAAAAAUGCAGAGUCAAUUCUAUUGGAGUCAAACCAUGACCACGAUGUAACGGCGGUGAUCUCUGGGGCCGUAGAUCUCGGUCUCUUAUAUUAUAUAGCUUCAUUAUUGGCGAAGUAUAUUACUUUGUUCCACGCUAAAACAUUGCACAGGAAGCAUGUGAAUCUAUGUCAUGUAUGCAUCUAUUUGUCACGAUCUGUCUAUGUUUUAGUUUGUCUGUCUCUGUUUCCUGUUGUAGUUUGAAAAGUGUUCCCCCUCCCGUCUUGUCUGUUGCUGGUGAUUGUGAUUGUGUUCACCUGGUGCCCCUGUGUUUUCUCCUCCCUCCUCACCUGUGUCUUGUUGGUUUGAUUAGUCCUGUGUGUAUUUAGGUUCUGUUUUCCUGUUAGUGUGUGUGAGGUCCUUGUUGCUGGUGACUGUGUUCACGUGAGACAGUCAUAUUGAGGCUGUGUAUCAUGAACCACAGCGAUGAAUAAAUGCCCACACCGGGUUGUGUUUUAACUCUGCCUCCUUGCUUGGUCGGGCUGCUCAAUGGUCAGCUUCACACACGCCCACAUGUGUUACUUAAGCACUUUGGUUUAUUGACCUUUUUCAUUAUAAAGAUCAUUAUGGUUCAUUUAUUCUAUUCUGAGUAAAAUUACCUUCUAUUCUGAGUAAAAUUACCUUCUAUUCUGAGUAAAAUUACCUUCUAGUUGGAGUAAAAUUACCUUCUAUUUGGAGUAAAAUGACAUUCGAUUGGGAGUUAAAUGACCUUCUAGUUGGAGUGAAAUGACGUUCGAUUGGGAGUAAAAUUACCCUCUAUUAUGAGUAAAAUGGCAGUAGAGUUGUUUUUAAUAUACACUACAUAGAGUAAAUAACCAUUAAGCAGAGUCAAAUCUAAGCACAUAAUAGAGUAAAAUGAACUCUAAAAAUACAACUCUGAACAAAGAGUACAUUUUACUCUAUAUAGGUUGGGACCAAAUGUAAUAUUUUUAGAGUAAAAUGUUCUUCAAUUUGAGUCAAUUUUACUCAGAGAAAUGUACUGUGUACCUCUACCUGUUUUUUGUUAUGUUAAUGUUGUUCCUCUUGAAUAGUAUUAACCUUUUUCACCACUACAAGGCUGUACAAAUUGUAAUAGGACCUUUUGAUUGAAAUAUAGAAUAACACAUAUUUGUAGACCUUUAUUGAAUGGAUAUAAAUGUACAUUUGUUUUGAUACAGUAUGAAGGUCAGGAUUUGUAUAUUAUAUUAAUUGGAAUUAAUAUAGUAUGAAAUAGAUGGUAUAUGAAAUGAAUGCAAUAAUCGUUUUAAAGGUGAUGAUGUUAAAGGUUUAAAGAAGAAAGACAAAUACUUUUGCUAACAGUUAACGCACAUGAGGUUAUAUGCUUGUUGAACAGUUUACACUUUUUGAUUUAAAUUGAGUUAUUUUAAUAGCUGAUACCAAACGUUUAAGACUCACAGCACAUGAACCAUGACAUAGACCACGUGUACAACAAGGAACAAAUAAAGGAAUACACCAACUGUC